AAUUCUGCGGAACCCAAGUCUUCAAGCUAUGUUUCUUACCGGACUUCCGGUUAUAUGUAUUCUGGCUGGAUAACGAUAGCUUUCCCAGAGUUUUUGCUGGACUAAAAGAUAGAACAAAUCUUUUCAAAACGCCGAACAAAUACAGUGUAUGUAGAAAGUAAUUUUAUUUUGCUGAUGGCUCGUCACUUUCCUCCUGUCCCCUCUGAUGUCACCUACUUUCUGUCCUCAGUUCUUCCUCGUGGUUUUGCUUUGGGGCCUUCGCUGCUCUGUGAAGGCAGUGUGGGGCUUUGGUGGGUCGGCUACCCGCUGGAGGCCGGGACUCUGCUGGGAAAAGAAGGCGACACAGACUGGAUCUCCAAGAGUUACCCGACACUGAUGGAAAUGUCAGCAAAUCAAGAAGCUCCAUUACAAAGAGCCCCCUGGAUCAACUUUGCCUGUCAGGCACGUUGCCGAGCCCAGCAGAACGUGACCAUGCAUUGUGCAUGUGGAGAGGUGUGUGAGGCCGAGUGUGUGGGUGUGUGUCUGCGUCUGUGUCAGCACAUCCAUCCGGGAACAGAGCUGCUGUUGUACGAUGAGGGAAAAGGCCAGACCUCUGACAAACCAGUUGGCUCCAAUGGAAGUACAGCGGAAAGCAUGGAUGAAAUUAAAGAGGCCGAGGCUGUAAUAACCAAAAAGACAAAAGAAGGACCAAAGAAGAAAGAGUUGAAAAGUCAGGAUGAGGAGGAGGAACACAGCUGCUUGAGGAGGAGCCACCCAAUCACACUUGGGAGGAAGAGGAGAAUUAAAAUCAUCCAAUCCAACCAGAGUCCUGAGUGUGACAUCCAGCAAGACAUUCCUUCAGACACAGCAGAUGUUGGACACUCAAACGCUGUCCCUUCAGACAAAGACACAGACGACUCACUCCCCGCAUCUCUUUCUGUCCGCUGCAGCUCUCGUCUAGAUGCUAAACCCCGACGAGUUCACAGUCUGUCCAGCAGAACUCGACACCCCCCUGCUGGAUCUGACUCACCCAAACAGAAUGAAGAGCAGAGCAAAGACUCAGCUGAAGGCCUAGAUGUCUCUCCAUCACACCCUGAGUCCGUUGUCACAGCUUGUCCUGCUGAGAAGGUCUCUGAGUUGCAACCGGAGGUCCGAGAGAGGCGGUACAGCUGUUCCAGCUGUGGUAAAAAGUUCUUCCAGAUUGGUCACUUGAAGAAACAUCAGUUUAGCCACACUCAUGAGAAACCAUUCACCUGCCAGGCCUGUGGGAAACACUACACCUCAGCAGAAAGCUUCAAAGCCCAUCAGGCUAAAUCUACCCAAGACGUUGGCUGUCAGACUGAUUUAGUAAUCUGCAAAAAUGCACUUGUCCAGGCUCAUGUAAAGCCUUAUCGACGUAGCAAAGCCACCCAGUUUAAAGCUCACAGCCGCAGUGUGUCUUGUGACACAGGGACCGUGACGGAAAUUCAUCUUCCACAAAGUCCCAGAGCUGCGUCCACACCCCUGAAAAGACCACGAUAUGAGGUGUCUGUUGUUGAUCCCAGCUUCCACCUCAAUGACAGUGGAAGCUCAGUGAACUGUUCAAGCUCUUUCACUGAGGUCCAUCCACAAAAGGACAAGAAGUACAUUGUUCAUGAGAAACAGUUGCUGGGGCUGUUCAGAAGGUGUCCCGUUUGUACCGGUCGUUGUGUUGUGAACACGACAACAGUCGGCACACUGCUCCGUGUGACACAACGGUGUUCAUGCUGUGAGCACUACAAUGAGUGGUCCAGUCAGCCCAUGGUGAACAGCAUCCCAGCAGGAAACCUCCAGCUCUGUGCUGCUGUCCUUUUCACAGGCUCAUCAUUUAGCCAGAUUUCUAAGUUCCUGGGUGCCUUCAAUGUGCAGGGACUGUCCAAGCAGACAUUCUUUCGACAUCAGGCAAAGCUGUUAAUUCCAACAGUGAGCUGGCAGUGGCAGCUAGAGCAAGCUGAUAUCAUCCAGGAGGCUACUGAAUCUGGACCUGUGACUCUUGGUGGUGACAUGCGAGCUGAUUCACCUGGAAACUCAGCCAAAUAUGGCAGCUGCACCAUGAAGGAUCUCAAAAGAAACAAAGUUACUGAUAUCCAACUUGUACAGAGCAAUGAAGUUGGAAAUAGUGUGCGAAUGGAGAAGGAGGGAUUUGUGAGAAGUCUGAGCACACUUUUGGAGAGGGGGGUCGAUGUGCAGCAAGUCGUGACUGACCGCCACACAGGAGUGCAGAAGUAUUUGCGGGAGGAAAAAAAGGAAAUCAGUCACUACUUUGACCCCUGGCACAUGGGAAAAGGAAUUGGUAAGAAAAUCGAAGCGCUGGGGAAGAGAAAGACGACCCAGGAUGUGAGACUGUGGAAGCAAAGUGUGGUGAACCACCUCUACUGGUCAGCAUCCAGUUCCUCCUCAGGACAGGAGGCAGUAGCAAAGUGGACUUCAGUUGCCAACCACAUCCAAAAUGUGCACAGCCAUGACAACGCCCUGUUCCCUAGCUGUCUGCAUGCACCUCUGGAUGGAGAACAGGCAAGACAGUGGCUCAAACCAAGCACAGCAUCAUGUGAGAAGCUCACUGCCAUUCUGUUAGCUCCACGGUUUGUGAAGGACGUAGAGAAGAUAAGCCCUCAGUACCACACAUCCACCUUGGAGGCUUUCCACAGUCUCAUCAUCAGAUUUACUCCAAAAAGUCAGGUCUUCUCCUUCAAAGGAAUGCUGUCUAGAUUACAAAUUGCUGCAAUGCACUAUAAUGAAAAUGCAGCACGCUCACAUGCAGCAACAGCAACUGGUGAGCUGAGAUAUGCUGUAGUGUACCCAAAGUACAAACAUGGAGACUACACAGUGAGAGCCCUGAAGACCAAUCCAACCUCAUUAUAUGUGCACAAGCUUAUAGAUCUGCUGUUCGACUCUGUGGUGGUGGAUCCUCUCCCAUAUCAGGAGUACUCGGACAAAAUUCCGGUUCCAGAACCGCUCUGUGCCCAGUUCCAAAGACCAGAUAAACGGGAUGCUGUGAGCAGGCACAGGUCCAGGUUUUAAAGUGCACGUAAGCCAGGCUGCACACCACUGUACGACAGAGGAGUUACCUGUCGUCAUUAUGGAUCUUUAUGCUCAUCCACUCGUGACUCAUGCUGUCCACCUCCCAGAUGUCUAUUGAUCUCUACAACCUUUCUGCUCUGUGGCUCCCAUACAACUUGAAAAUCUUGGCCAGCCUCCUGAUAUUGUUACAGAAAAGCCUGUGCUCCCGGGAUCCAUCUCCACGUUUGUCAUCACAGUGAAAGCUACCUCCAGUCUAAGGAACCAAAGAAACAUCACUGAUGGCCCAACCUAUCCUCACAUGGCUCCAGAAUCUCUGCUUGUGGUUUAGAGUUUUGUCAAAAAUCAUGAAAGUUAUGAUCAGAUUGUAAUCUAACGUUGUCUUAGUAGUAGCUAUAAUAAAUGUUAUCUUUAAAGCGCAAUUGUGUCAUUUUAAAUACAAUUAUAUUGAUAUUUUGAUUUGUAUAAAUACAUAUAUCACAUUUAUUAAAUUAUCAUUCAUUUUUACCUAAUUGAACCUGCUCUAGAUUAGACUUCAUUAAUCACACAGGGUGUAAACUCACUUGUUACAGCAGCA